CUUUCAAUCUCGGUACUAUUGCAACAUGGGAUUUUCUCCUUUUCGUCUUCAACAACUUGUUACUUCUUUUGCAGUUGUUGCCACAUUAUUGAGCAUUGUUGGCACAGCACAAGAGGAUCCUAUCAACAUCAAUGAACAACAAAACGAUAAUAAUAACUCUCCUAUUAUUGCUCGAGUACUGCAAGAUAAUGAAGGCAACGAUUCUCCAUCACCAGGUCACAAUAAUACUCCAGCUUUGUUAUUAAUCCUGAAUGUGGUUCUUGUUCUUGCAAUCAUACUGCUCUUGAUGCUAUACUACAACACAGCAAGAAAACUGAACAAGAUGAUGAAGUUGCAGCAGCAGGAUCCCAAUAACAAAAAAUGCAUUGUUGUGAAGAAAGAGGUGGAAAAAGAGGAUAUUGAAGAGAGCAGCGGUUGGGAGAAGAAGAUAGAGAUAGGAGAAGGUACAAAGCUGAGGGUGGAGGAGAGAAAAGAACUCAUGUUCUUCAACGGCAACAAGACAAGGUUUGAGAUGGGACAACUUCUAAGGGCGUCAGCAGAGACACUGGGACAGGGAAUGAUGGGGAACAGUUACAAGGCCAUGAUGCAUGAUGGACCGACCAUUGUUGUGAAGAGGCUGAGGGACUUGAAACCUUUCACUGCGAAGGAAUUCGAAGCACUGCUGCGUGUCAUUGCAGGGAUGCAGCACCCUAAUUUGUUGCCUUUGCUUGCUUACUACCAUUCAAGAGAUGAAAAGCUGCUUCUCUACAAAUAUGCACAGAAUGGGAACCUUUUCUCUAGGCUUCACGAUGGUAGAGAUGGAAAUCGGGUGCCAUUGAAAUGGAAUUCAAGGCUAUCAAUUGCAAAAUUCGUAGCUGGAGCAAUGGAGUACCUGCACAGUAACACCAAGAACCCUAACAUUGUGCCACACGGCAACCUCAAGACUACAAACGUGCUCAUAGACGAAAACGACGUCGCCCUCGUCUCCGACUACGGCCUCUCCGCCCUAAUAGCCCAACCUAUCGCCGUUCAGCGCAUGGUCAUUUAUAAGUCACCGGAAUACGUCCAGUCAAAGCGAGUGACAGCGCAGUCCGAUGUUUGGAGCUACGGAUGCCUCCUCCUCGAGCUCUUAACCGGAAAAAUUUCUGCCUGCUCUUCUCCGCAUGGAUCGAACGGUGUUGAUCUGUGCGGUUGGGUUCAUAGAGCGGUGAGGGAGGAAUGGACGGCUGAGAUCUUUGAUAAAGAGAUCUAUAGGCAGAAGAAUGUUCAGAGUGGGAUGAUACGGAUGCUUGAGAUUGCGAUGCUUUGUACGGAGAGGUUCCCGGAGAAUCGGCCUGGGAUGAGCCAGGUUGUUAGGGAAGUUGAGAAGAUACAGGCAGUGCCGGCAGCGUCGGAGUCGGUGGAUGAGGAUGAUCUCUCUGCUGAGAGGUCUUUCACUGAUGAUUCUCUUUCUAUGUAUUCAACAAGUCACUCUGGAAUUAUUCUUGCAGAUAAUUAAGAAUGGCUAAGCAAUAAGCAUGCUUCAUUCGCACCCGCUUUUAGACUUUAAUUAAUUCAUGUUAAAUUAAGAUGAU